CAAAGCAAUAAGUCACCAAUUCAGUCGACUCAGUCACUGUCAAACGGCAAAAAACUGCCGGCACGGCGGUGCCCUUCCAUCAGAUUCAGAGCUGCAGGAGAAAUCCGUCAAUCGAAAGAUAUCAGAGGGAGGAGUCGGUAGAGCCGUAGAAGCAAUCGCGCAUAGGGCACUUAUCCUAACGUCGAAGGCUCAAACAAGCCCUCGUUAUUGGGCAGAACAUAAACACGUGUGAGUGCCUUCGCCGACGUUUCCCGCGUGUGGAGAGAAGAAGAGAGAGAAGCCAGUUCUGUGUUUGCUUUGCUUUGGUAGGAGAAAGGAGGAAAAAUUCUCAUUCUUUUAAGAAAUCGUUGUCUAUCGACGGGUUCUAUUGUUUCUCUUCUUGAAUUUAAACGCAAUUACGAAUCUGAGAAUCUGAAUUGCAAAUAGAAGAAGGAUUAAAUCUAAAUCGAUGGAACAGCUCGUCAACUUCAUUAUUCGCCCUCCAAGAGCUGAUUAUAAUCCACAAAAUGACUUAGUGGAUCAAGAAUUUACUUUAAGAGGACAAAGGUUUCAUAGAAAAGACCUACAGGUUACUAACAGUCGGGGAAAUGUACUUCAGUGUAGCCAUUACAUGCCUGUUGUUAUUCCUGAAGGAAAGGCACUUCCAUGUGUGAUAUACUGCCAUGGAAACAGUGGUUGCAGAGCAGAUGCCAGUGAAGCUGCUAUAAUUUUGCUUCCAUCAUAUAUCACAGUUUUUACACUUGACUUUUCAGGAUCUGGACUCUCAGAAGGGGAACAUGUCACUCUGGGAUGGAAUGAAAAGGAUGAUCUGAAGGCUGUGGUCAAUUAUUUACGUUCAAAUGGCAAUGUGUCUUGCAUUGGUCUGUGGGGUCGUUCAAUGGGUGCUGUAACCAGUUUAAUGUAUGGAGCUGAGGAUCCAUCCAUUGCAGGAAUGGUCCUUGACAGCCCAUUUUCCGAUUUGGUUGACCUCAUGCUAGAACUUGUGGAAACUUACAAAUUCCGUCUACCCAAGUUCACUGUGAAAUUAGCAAUACAAUACAUGCGCAGGGUUAUCCAGAAGAAGGCAAACUUUGACAUAAUGGACCUUAACACCAUUAAGGUGGCAAAGUCUUGCUUUGUUCCUGUUUUAAUAGGGCAUGCUAUUGAUGAUGACUUUAUUCUUCCCCAUCACUCUGAUCGUAUAUAUGAUGCUUAUGUGGGAGACAAAAAUAUUAUCAAAUUUGAGGGAGAUCACAAUUCUCCACGCCCUGAGUUCUACUUUGAUUCUAUAACCAUCUUCUUCCAUAAUGUUUUGCGACCUCCAAUGGAAGCAGUUAACGAGGGAAAUUAUUUUGAGGAUUUGCAUGAUUACUAUGGCGAGAGUAAUUGGAGUGCAGUGCAUGGAAUAGGAUAUACAAAUCAUAAUCUUGCAGACUUGUCUGAAGAACUACCAAGCAGCAGAGAAUAUGCCAUUAGACAGCUUCAUUCCAGAAGGCCUAUGAGUAGGAUGGAGGUUCCUUCAGAUAUUCCCUCUGAAGAAAAGCAACUUGGAUUAGAGAAAAAAGAAAGUGAACACGAGGAUGUCUCAUCACCUUCUUCUCUGAUUGGCUUCAAACUCUCUGAUGGUCAUCCCCACAGAUCACAUGCUCCAUCCUUGAUAGAUGAUGAUGAAUAUGCGGAGUACACACUUGGUAACUUAGCAGACUAUCCAUGCAGUACAGAAGAUGAAGAAAGGAUGUUCAUGGAAGCAAUCGUAGAGUCUUUGAAGGACAUGGAGGUCAAACAACCUACUGAAGAACAAACACCAAACAUGAGCACCAGUUCACCUGAAUGUUCACAGAAAGACGACCUAGAAGCUUCUUCCACCUCAAACAACUGUGGGCUCUUGAGGAUGGACGACAGUUCCAUCUCAGCUACAGAUAGCCGUGGUACAGAAUGUGGGCAUUCACCACCUGAUGCGAGUGAAUCUUCUUCUAGGCCAACAUUUGAGACACAUCUAUCUUCUAUAGAGACAGGAAGUGCUGGGGCUUCAGCCUGUCGUGACAUUACUUCUAGUGUUAAGGGCUUGUCAGGCAGUGACAGGUCAGCACAAGAUGCAGCAGACAUGGAAGGGGGAACACGGGCCACUUUGACAGUAGAGAAGAGUCAAACCAACCAUGUCAUGGAUGGGUUGAUGCAACGUUGGGGUCUCAAUUUUUUUAGAAGUAGCUGAUGAUGAAAAGCUGUGAGAAUAUGUAUUAUUGAUGUUGGAGCAUAGAAAAGAAAGUGACAAGGCUUGUAAUGUAUAAUAUGUUUUUUUUUUUCACAAAAUAGCAGCUACAUUCGUUAUGUAAUACAAAACGAUACAGCUUGUUCUGAAAGCCCAUUAUAAGAUAUCUUCAUUUGAGCUUUACACACUAAA